UAAAAAAAAAAGAGAACAAAAAAUAGGUAUGAAGAAAAUGGAAGAAGAAGAAGAGAACAUGAGAAGAGAAAAGAGAUUCAAAUGCAUAAAAAUGGAUGAAGAUGAAGAUGAAGAACAAGGAGAAAUUCUCGAUUACUAUGAUGAUGAUGAAGAUGAAGAUGAAGAAGAAUUUGAAAAUAUUGAAGUUACUUCACAACCAGUUGGAUUUUUCUAUCCUUUAACGACGCCGUCUUCAAUCGUUGUCUCUGAUGCAUUAGAUCCUGAUCUUCCGGUUAUAUAUGUGAACUCUGUGUUUGAAAGCUCUACUGGUUAUCGCGCUGACGAAGUCCUCGGUCGUAACUGUCGGUUUUUGCAAUUUAGAGAUCCACGCGCUCAAAGGCGGCAUCCUUUGGUGGAUCCUGUUGUUGUUUCUGAGAUCAGAAGAUGUCUUGAAGAAGGUGUUGAUUUCCAAGGGGAGCUUCUCAACUUUAAAAAAGAUGGUACACCUGUGGUGAAUAGGCUAAGACUUGCACCCAUACAUAGUGAUGAUGGCACAGUGACCCAUAUUAUAGGGAUUCAAAUGUUUUCUGAAACAAAAAUUGACCUGAAUACUGUGUCAUAUCCCGUUUUUAGAGAAACUUGCCAGUCUCACUGUGACGAGUCCAGCGAAUACUCCAUUAAAAGCGGUAAUUUAUUGCAUUGUCAGCACCGUGAAAUAUGUGGUAUUCUUCAGCUCUCUGAUGAAGUUCUAGCUCACAACAUUUUAUCUCGAUUGACUCCAAGGGAUGUUGCAUCCAUUGGUUCUGUUUGUAGAAGGAUACGCCAAUUGACGAAAAAUGAGCAUGUGAGAAAAAUGGUCUGUCAAAAUGCAUGGGGAGCUGAUGUCACAGGUGUGCUGGAACAUAUGACAAAGAAGUUAGCUUGGGGGCGUCUAGCUAGGGAGCUAACCACUCUUGAAGCAGUUUGUUGGAAGAAACUGACAGUUAGAGGUGCUGUAGAACCUUCACGUUGCAACUUCAGUGCAUGUGCUGCAGGGAACAGGCUAGUGUUAUUUGGAGGGGAAGGUGUUAAUAUGCAGCCAAUGGAUGACACAUUUGUUCUCAAUCUUGAUGCUGCUAAUCCAGAAUGGCGACGUGUGAGUGUCAAAUCAUCUCCACCAGGACGUUGGGGCCAUACUCUCUCAUGUCUUAAUGGUUCCUGGUUGGUGGUGUUUGGUGGAUGUGGGAGACAGGGAUUGCUUAAUGACGUGUUUGUUCUUGAUUUAGAUGCUAAACAGCCUACAUGGAAAGAAGUAUCCGGUGGAACUCCCCCCCUUCCUAGGUGUUGGCACAGCUCUUGCACGAUGGAAGGCUCAAAGUUGGUUGUUUCAGGUGGAUGCACAGGUGCGGGUGUACUUCUCAGUGACACAUAUUUGUUGGAUCUCACCAAUGACAAACCUACCUGGAGAGAAAUUCCAACUGCAUGGACUCCUCCAUCUAGAUUGGGACACUCACUCUCAGCUUAUGGGAAGACAAAAGUUCUAAUGUUUGGUGGCCUUGCCAACAGCGCUAACGUGCGUUUAAGAUCAGGUGAAUCAUACACUAUUGAUUUGGAGGACGAAAGGCCAGAAUGGAGGCAGCUUGAGUGUGGUGCGUUCACAGGAGUAGGAAGUCAAAAUGCUGUGGUUCCUCCUCCUAGACUUGAUCACGUUGCUGUAACCAUGCCUUGUGGUCGUAUCAUCAUUUUCGGAGGUUCAAUUGGCGGACUGCACUCUCCUUCACAACUCUUUCUACUCGAUCCUUCAGAGGAAAAACCAUUAUGGAGGACUCUCAGUGUACCUGGGCAACCUCCAAAGUUUGCUUGGGGUCAUAGCACAUGCGUGGUUGGAGGAACAAGGGUCUUUGUCCUAGGAGGCCAUACCGGGGAGGACUGGUUCCUGAACGAAUUGUAUGAAUUGUGCUUAGCGAGCAAGCAAGAUUCUGAUGCAUGAUCUGGUUAGUUUCGCAGAAUUCAUAUAUAUUUUCGAGUAUAACUUUGCAUUUUCUUCAAGAACGGUUCCACUUUGUAGACACUGGAAUACACCUUGCCAUAGAUUUGAGUAACCUUAUGCAGCUUGUGUAAAUAAGCUUUUGAUCUUGCUGUUUGUAGUCCAUUUCGUGGCCGUGGAAUAUGUUUAUGCAUUUCGCUUUGUAUCUUUAUAUAUUCUAUUCACUAAUUUCUGAGUCUCAUAUUAUUUGUA